AUGUCGUUCUGCUUGGCUGAGCUGCACUUGUGGUCCUCCAGGAGCACCCUGCAUGUCAAAGAUACAGAUAUUGGCACAUACCAGUUCUAUGAUAAAGGAGAACCAGCCAGCCCUUCAGAUCACCACUACUUCACUGAGAAGCAGCAGUUUCUGGAGAGUCGCGGUUACCCAUGGUCCCUCAGGAACCACCGACCGGAGAAGCUCCGGGAUGCCCUGAAGGAGCUGGAGGAACUGCUGCAGACUGGCCCAUUUGUGUGCUCCAGAUGGAGGAACAAACAGUUGUGUCAGAUGCUGCUAAGCUCAGGGGUGCUGGUGACCCUUCACCUGGGCGGAGCUCAGGUAGAGCGUGUAUCCAUUGACAAGGCCCUGGUGGGGCGUCUACCCACCGACACCAUCAGCCAUGCUGUUAUCACAGACCAGUUUCUGCUCCUCUCAUUGGUGGAGAAGAAUCAAGUGUGCCAGGUCUACCUGAACAGGAAGAGCCCGGGCUCUCCUGAGCCAGACCAACGGCUGGAGAAACUCUCUCCCUCUGAGCUAAAGAUCUCCAGUGUGGAUCUGCAGGGCAGUGCUGCUGGUGGCGGUGGUGGUGGGGGUCAUCGGGUGGGGCGACGCAUGGGCCUGAGUCGGGCCCAGGACCUGGCCAUUUGCUGGUGGCCAGAGGUUAAUGAGGAAGCCUGGCCUUGGUCGCCUAUCCCCAGCCAACAAGAACGUGCCAACUUGGUGCUGCUGGCCUGCUUACCCGCCCCAGGUCUUAAGGUGCUGAGCUCUAUUCGCACAAACGGUAAACCUCUAGACUGUUGUUUCAGCCUGACUCAGUCCUACCAGGUCCUCACAGUGGAGGUGUGUGAGGAGGCCCAUGACAGGAGAGCCCAGAACUGUGUGUAUGAGUGUGCCCGGGGCCGGCUCCAGCGCCUGUCCGUCAUCGCCCUGCCGCUCCCCUCCCGACCGGUCUGCUGCGCCCGUGACCCCUCAGAACAGCAGCUUGCCCUGGGUUUGCAGGACUCGUCUGUGGUGCUGUUUGACAUCCAACACGGACUCUCUCUCCAUGCCCUGUGUCCCAUGCUUCCCUCUCUGCUGGCUUGGCACCCCACCGCAGCCCUGCUGAUGGUGGGGAGCAGCCAGGGCGAACUGCAGGUUUUUGACAUGGGUCUCUCGCCCCUUCGCCUGCAGCUGGUGGCAGAGGAACCGGCCUCAGCCCCCGGCGCCACCCUGCAGCUCACACAGCACCUGUCCAUCUCUGGGGGCCUGGUCGGGAUGCAGUGGGCUUUCUCUCCGCUCUCUCAGGGAGGUGAGGGCCUGGAGGUACGUGACCUGCUCCUGCUCAGCUUCCAUGGUGGUCCACUGGCAGCACUGAGACUCAGACUGGGAGCUCUGAGUGGGAGUCAGCUGGGCCCUGUGGAGCUGGUGCACCAUCGGCUGCGCUGUGGGGAGGUAGAUGAGGCACUGGGAAUACUGGGAGCCAUGGACUGGGGUAUGAAGGGAACCGAAUGCUACAGAGUGUUGAUCUCUAUCACUGACUAUCUGCUUCGACUGCCACUGGAUCCUGACACAGAAGCCCAGCUGGAGGCUGCACUGGGGAUGUUCUAUGCCCCUUCCAAAGCCCUGACUGACACAGUUAUACUGGAGUACAGAGACCCCAUUAGCAGAUACGCCCGCCGCUUCUUCCAUCACCUACUCAGACAUGAGCGAUUUGAAAAGGCAUUCCUGCUUGCCGUGGACAUAGGAGCACGAGACCUGUUUAUGGACAUCCAUUAUGUGGCUGUAGAUAAGGGGGAAUUGGUACUGGCAGACGUGGCGAAGAAGAAGGCUAAUGAAAUCGAUGCAGAGUCGGUAACAUCUGGCUCAGAUGAACUGCAGGCUGUGUUUGGAAGAAGGACUGCAGUCUAUGACAGACACACAGACAAAACAUGGGACAAACAGGCUGAGAGCAAACCUCUCACAUGGAGCACUGAGGGAAGGAGUCAAGCCCCAACACACAGGAUCUCACAGGACGGCCUGCCAUCACGCACUGCUGCUGGAAGAAGGCAGGUGAAUAGAGAAGUGAAUGAUGUACUCUCAGAGACCCUGAGCAAUGAUCACACCUGGCCGUGUAAACAGACAGCCCUGUAA